AUGAGUCAACAACCCGAACCCCGGGCUGUGGCCAAGGAGCUGCUGUCGUGGAUUGGCUUCGACGUCAUCUCCUGCAGCAUACUCCAGACCCUUUGGGCGGGAUACGGACACAUUUGCGCCAUCCACGUCCGCCCGCUGCCGUCUGAGGAACCGGCCCAGACCACACAUGCCAAGCAGUCUCUCGUCUUGAAAAUCGUGUCGCCGCCCCACGGCCGCAAGGACGAGGGCCAUCUGCGAAAAGUAUUCAGUUACCAAGUAGAACAGCAUUUCUACGACCAAGUUGCUCCCACACUUGAUGGUUUGCCGUUGGCAGAGUGUCUGGUGUCAACAUCAAAGUUUCCACAGAGAGCCGCUGCUGCAGGCCUGCAGCAUGUGACUGCUUCCGUAUUGACAGAUUUGCGACUGGAAUAUCCCGUUGCCGGGGGAAAGCGGACAGUCCUGACCCCAAGACAGGUCCAUUCUGCCCUUCGCUGGCUGUCGCGCUUCCACGGCAGUUACUGGAAGUCGACAAGACCUGCUAUGGAGAGUCUGAUUCUCCCACCGCUCCAAGAAGAUGAAAAAAGGCUGCAAUCAGAGAACUUGGCCAGAAGAGGUUUGUGGCUCAACGGGGGAUAUACAUAUCUCGCUACCCGUCGGAAUGAAUACAAUGCCCUGGCCCAAGACGGUGACUCGGAAUGGUCCCAGACGUUUUGUCAGUUAGUCGAGGGAACGUCCAUGUCAGUUGCUGAGCUUGCCGCAUUCUUUCUGACACCUACUGGCCGCGACUUUGAAACAUAUCUCCAUGGAGAUGUCAAGUCGGAGAAUUUGUUCUCUACAGACAGUGGAGACGAGGUCGCUUUCUUUGAUUUCCAAUAUACCGGCCUGGGGCUCGGGGUUUGCGACCUGGCAAAGCUAUUCACCUGCUCGGUGCCUGUGGAAAUGCUUACUGCUUCGACGAGCGGGCCUCGUCGCUUGACGAUGGGCGAUGGGGAACGUCAUCUCCUGCACCAAUAUCGGCAAGAAUUGCUCAAAGGGAGAGGCGUUAUGAAUGCACCGUUAUAUGACUGGAUCGAGUUCCAGAGGCACUGGGAGACGGCGUUGGUUGACUGGUGCAGAUUCCAGGCAUCGUGGGGUUUCUGGGGAAAUACGAAGUGGCUGCAGGCCAGGGUGCGGUCCAUUCUACACGAGGGAGAGUGGCUAGAGUGGAUCAAGAACACAAGGUCAUGA